CCAAGUUGCGAAAGUGACGGGAAUUCCUCGCUGGAAAAACUACAGGGCGAAAAGGCAUCGAGGGAGAGACCUUGGGAGUUGCCUGCCUUUUCUGUCCGGCAAGCGGCCCCCAAAAGAUGAGAGGCCGGAGCUGAGGACCGUCUUCCCCGCAGAGCCCUCACGCAUCGCCUCUUCCCGCCAUGUCGUUCGCCAUGCUGCGCUCGGCCCCCAGCCGGUUCCUGUACCCCGAGAUCAGCAUGCUGUCGGAGGACGAGGAGAAUGGGAGCGAGAGCUCGGGCUCAGACGAGAAGCCGUACCCCCUGGGCGCCAGUGGGUACGGACUCAAAGGCAGCAAGCGCGGGCACGGGAAGAAGGCCAGCCGCGUCCACCGGGAGCCCCGGCAGCGCCACACGGCCAACGCGCGGGAGCGCGACCGCACCAACAGCGUCAACACGGCCUUCAGCGCUCUGAGGACUCUCAUCCCCACCGAACCGGCGGACCGGAAGCUCUCCAAGAUCGAGACCCUCCGCCUGGCCUCCAGCUACAUCUCGCACCUGGGCAACGUCCUCCUGGUCGGGGAGGCAUGCGGAGACGGGCAGCCCUGCCACUCCACCCCAGCCUUCUUCCACCACGGCAGCGCUAGCAGCAACAAAAGUGGUGGUGGCGGCGGCGGCGGCAGCUCACCCGCCCAGGACAGCGAAGGGUCCCAACCCAAGCAGAUCUGCACUUUCUGCCUCAGCAACCAGAGGAGGCUGAGUAAAGACCGAGAAAGAAAGACAGCGAUUCGGAGUUAGGUGCUUAUGGAAUCAGGAUGGUGGUGGUGACAGCGAUGGUGGUGGCAGCGGCGGCGGCAGCAGGAAUUAUAAGGGGAAAAUCAAGAGACGGGUCUGUCUGCCCUGCCCUCGGCUGUCUUCUGGAGCUGCGCGGUUCUACCCAGGAUGAACUUAUGGACAACGCUGUCCCAGGAGAGACUGAAAAUCCCAAGUCUGGAUUUGCAGGCAAGUAAAGUAGGCUUAGAUUACAAAAACGGCAGGACUGUGCCAGGUGCUGGAGGCACAGCCCCUACGACAAAGGGGGAGGUUUUCCUGCUCACCAGGGACUGGCAUCUUGAGGAAGCAAGAAAAGGUGAUGGCAGCCCAGUAUUUCUCUUUCGAAGGACUGAGAGAAGAGGAACAAAGCAUGAGUGCUCCUUGGGCUUGGGGCCUCCUUGGGCAGUUGCAGGCCAUCCUGUUCUCAGAACUCUGGAUGGGGCUCUAAUCAGUAUGGGCUGGACUUUCUUGUCUUGAUAAUAAUAUAAAACCCAAGUUGUUUAUAUAAUGA